ACCAACACAAACGAUACCAUUACUACUACUGCUACUACUACUACUACCACUACUACCAUUUUCAAUAUUAAUAGUAAUAACAAUUUUAACAACGGUGAUAAUAUAGAUUUCGACUUUGAGAAUAUGACCAUCAGAAACCACAUUCCUUUAUUGAAACCAAAUUCUUUCGAGGCAUCAUGUUCUUCAUCUGAUAUCUACGGUGACAACGACUGGUCUGUGAAAAUGGCCAAUACAGAUCUAUACCAGCACCAACAACAACCAUACUUAAAUUACAGUAACGCUCAAGACGCAGAAAUUCCAGACUUAAUCUCCUUACCUGCAUCAUUAGGCAGUUAUGAUAGAUGUAAAGCAACUACAGAAAUAUGCCACCACAAUUGGUGGGAAAUAAAUCCAGACUUGUGGAAUCUCCGAGAGCUGUUGGACUGGAUGGCCUAUACGUUACAGUUAGAUAAAAUCAAUUCCAUUAUUUAUCUCAAUAAUUUCUUCCGAGACGUCAAGAACGGCAGCCAAAUGAGACGAAUGACACGCGAGGAACUCGUCAGCAGAGAUCCAGAUAACGGCUCCAUGUUGUUUCAGUCUCUAAAAUAUUUCAGCGAAUAUGGGAAUAUCCUCUUUGAUGAUAAUAAUCAUCUUGCUUCGCCAAAGGAAUAUUAUUCCGUCGAGUGCAUCAAGGACGCUCACUACAACAUGGAAAUGAACGAUGACAAACCUGAUAACUUUUACCCGUUAGAGUUCGGUAGGUUUCCUCUCCAACCGCAUCAGCAACACCACGCUGCUUUGCUGAACAGUUCAAAUGUUGUUAUGCCAAAACUCGAAACCCGUUACUGGGUGAAUCUAUUAUCCAAAACAGAAUCGAUGAUAGCGUCCACUCGUGUCAGUUAUCGACCAACAGUGACGGUAAUGUACCAAUGCACAGUAACAACCAACAAAAAAUGUUCCAACCGUGCCAACCGAAAAGAAAACCUGGGCGUCCGAGACUCCAUCCUCUCAAUAAAGAUUCGGCUGGCAUCAAGAAAAACAUUAUUAUGGCAAGGACAUUAUAGAACGCGUUGAAGGACGCCGGUUGGUUUAUCGCUUCUUGAACUCGGCAAUGGACCGAUUGCGGAAGAAAACUAACCCGGAGAUUCCACUUAGUGAAAUGCAGCGAAACUGAAGUACAGGAUCCUUGAGUAAAUAA